AUGAAGAAGAGGUUGGACAUAGUACAAAGGGAGUCCAAAUUUUGUAUGGUUUAUCCUGCAUCCACAAAUCAAUUUGCGGUACAAGAUGGGAGGUACAAGUUUGUGGUUAAUUUGGAGAAUAGUUAUUGUGAUUGUGGAGUCUGGGGUGCUACAGGGCUAUCUUACAAACAUAGUACAACAGCAAUUAAUUAUAAGAGAGAAAAGAUUGAGGAUUACUGUCAUUUAUAUUUCACAGUACAAACAUAUCUUAAAGCACAUCAUACCAUGAUCCACCCAUUACCAGAUGUAAGCCUAUUGGAUGAUGAUGAUGACAAUCCUGUCUUGCAGCCUCCACCAUUGAAGUGGUUACCUAGUAGACCAUACAAGAAUAGAAGAAAGGAACCUGGUGAACAAUCCUCUCAGGAUAUUAGAAAGUUGAAUAAAAGUGUCAGAUGUGAUUUCUAUAAGGAAAUAGGGCACAAUAGGAGGAGUUAUCAAAGAGCUCUAGUAGCUGAGAAGGGUUCUUCUUCUAAGAAGAGAUCAAGGUCCAAGGGAAAGCAGAAGAGUAAUAAACAUGGUGAAACCAGAUAA